UUUCUUCGCACUCUUCAUGCCAUCGCAGAUCGAAGUCACAACAAAAAAGUGAAUCACCUAUCGAAAGCGAAAACUAAAUUUAGAUCGAAAUAAUCGGCGGUAGACUCGCGAGUAACAUAGACUGUUUGGUGGAAACAAAUAUGCCGAGAGCUACAAAAGUUCCGAUUGAAAAAAGUACUUGCUCGAUUACACUAGCGAUAGUAUUAGUAGUUUUAGUGCAACCUUUCAAUUCUGUCAACGGUGCUCAUAUACUGUCCCAUAGCGACGAUGAAAAAAGUGCUGUAAACGAUGUUAAUUACUCAUUUUCUGAGGGAAGCUCGCAUAAACAUUUACUACUAGUGACCAAUAGUAGUUUGACCCAAAUUGAAUCAAGUGACGAGCUGCUGGUGAAGCUGGUGUCGAGUGCGGAAGAAUGCUGGAAACAAACAGAAACAGUAUACGAUGGAAUGGCUCGUAUCGUAGAUCGAAAUGAUACACAUCUAGUGGCGGCGGUGAAUUUUUUCAAUCAUCAGCAGAAAUGGCCCACACUAAGUGAAGGGUUUCUCAACGGCAAUAGUUAUAUUAACCAUCAACCACCUAUAAUUGGUGUGUGUGCCUGCCUAAGUGUGAAUGCCAAGGAGGAAAGUGAUUUGUUUUAUUUGCCGUUCUCCACGGAAUUAAGUAGUGAAGGCGGUCAAAAGGAUAGACGAGUACAACGCAGUACUAAUACAGUUGACGAUGCGGGGAAGUUUGAGGGUGGCCGAGGUAUGAAUUCAGUUAACGAUGCGGGGAAGCCGGAGGGUGGCCGAAGCGAUCUGGUAUCGGGCAGAAAUCUAGUUAUAUUUGGCCUUCGCGUCGAGCACGCUGAUAAGGAGCCAACGGUCGAUGAAGAAGCAGUCCCAUCGGUGUUGAGUCACUCGUCCGUUACGCUUCGCCUGUUCGGCAUGGGAUUAAGCGAAGACACCGUGGUGGUGUUUACGCAAGAACAUAAUAUAUUUGGAGGUUCCUGUUUGGUCCCGGUGACAAACAUGUUUCAGGUUAUCAAAGGUUCGGUGAGCGGAUACAGUGCGACGGUGAGAAUUGAACUUCCUGCUACUAAGACAGGAACAUAUUUCUAUUUAUGCGCUAAGCAUGGUAACUUGAAAGGAACGGAACAGUCGGCUCGCAGUGUUGAUCCGUUCAUUCACCAGGGCUCUGACGCAUGGAUGCGUAUGACAAGUUACGAGCCGUUGCUACCACUGUGGGUUUCGUUACUUAUUAUUGGCAUUUGUCUUAUGUUUUCUGCAUUAUUCUCCGGGCUUAAUCUGGGAUUGAUGUCGCUUGAUCGAACGGAUUUGAAAAUUUUAUGCAACACAGGAACGGAAGAAGAGAAGCAGUAUGCCAGAGCCAUUCAACCGGUACGAGACCAUGGCAAUUUCCUACUCUGCAGUAUUCUACUGGGUAAUGUCCUAGUAAAUUCCACAUUCACCAUUUUGCUAGACGGUCUAACGUCCGGACUGGUUGCGGUCAUUUGUUCUACAAUUGCAAUUGUAAUAUUUGGCGAAAUAACACCGCAGGCAAUCUGUUCCCGUCAUGGUCUCGCUGUUGGCGCCAAAACGAUAUUGAUCACUAAAACCGUCAUGCUGAUAACCGCACCUCUUGCUUAUCCGACGUCGAAGAUAUUAGAUUAUCUACUAGGCGAAGAAAUCGGCAACUUCUACAACCGCGAACGCCUGAAAGAGCUUGUCAAAGUGACCAAUGAUAUCAAUGAUUUGGACAAGGACGAAGUCAACGUCAUAUCCGGGGUGCUUGAGUUACGCAAGAAAACCGCAGAGGAUGUGAUGACCAGGAUUGAUGAUGCGUUUAUGUUGCCGCUGGAUGCGGUUCUCGAUUUCGAAACUAUCACCGAAAUAAUGAAGUCGGGAUUUUCCCGAAUUCCUGUGUACGAAAACGAAAGGAACAAUAUAAUCACGUUGCUUUACAUCAAAGAUCUAGCAUUCGUUGAUCCGGACGAUAACACGCAAUUGAAGACGCUUUGUGAAUUCUAUCAAAAUCCGUGCCAUUUUGUGUUCGAAGAUAUUACUUUAGAUCUAUUGUUUAAGCAGUUCAAAGAGGGCCACAAGGGUCACAUGGCUUUCGUGCACCGUGUUAACAACGAAGGGGAAGGUGAUCCCUUCUACGAAACGGUCGGCUUGGUAACGCUAGAGGACGUCAUCGAAGAGUUAAUCCAAGCGGAAAUAAUGGACGAAACAGACGUAUUUACGGACAACCGUAGGAAAGUACGUCGUGAUCGCAUCAAAUGUCAGGAUUUCGCAGUAUUUUCGCAAGGUCGCGAUGGUACUUCGCAACGUUUGCGAAUAUCACCACAGCUCACUUUGGCUACAUUCCAGUAUCUGAGUACUUCGGUAGAUGCGUUCAAAGCGGACGUGGUUUCGGAAACCAUUCUCCGUCGGCUGCUCAAUCAGGACAUUGUUCACCACGUGAAGCACAAAGGUAAAGAUAAGAACGACCCCAGCAUGUUUAUCAUCUCUCGUGGCAAGCCGGCAGACUUUUUUGUACUUAUACUGGAGGGACGGGUCGAGGUGACGGUUGGUAGAGAAAAUUUAGUCUUUGAAAGUGGGCCCUUUACUUACUUCGGAACGCAAGCAUUGAUACAAAAUGUGGGUGUCGAUAUUCCGACGGAUUCGUCUCAGCAAAUUAUGGGCUCGUUACAGUCUCUCAAUAUGGACGCCAUGCUGCGCCAUACGUUCCUGCCGGAUUACACGGUGAAGGCGGUCACCGAGGUGGUCUACAUUCAAAUCAAACGCAAUUUGUACUUAGCAGCCAAACGUGCUACACUGAUGGAGCGUUCGCAACGUGUGGGAGAACAUUCGCUGGAACCGUUCGACGAUGAGGUGGAAAAGCUGCUGCACUCUCUGGACGAAGAUGAUCGAAGUGUUGGUGCCGAUACGACGAAUCUACAGACGCCCAAGGCCAGCAAACCCACUAGCAAUGCUCCCUCACCGACAACGAUAGUCUCCGAGCGACCGACACCGGAUCAGAACAAUGGACCAAUUUCGAGUACCGUGCCGUUAAACCUGAAUGUAUUAAGCAUGCGCAGUAAUAGCCUAGCUGUUACCUCCCAGCGAACGCUGGACGAAUCCGAAAAACCGUUAUUAACCCGUUCCAAAUCUUAAUAUUGUACCGUUUUGCAACCUAAGUUUAAAGUAAUGUUUGUAGUCCUGGUUGUAGUCAAAGAACCUUAUCAAUACUAGUAAAGAACAAAUCAAAUCAAAGUUAUUACAUAAGAGAACUUCCAAUACAUUUUAUUUUAUGUUUUGAAGUAAGGAAAAUUUAACUCAUGCAGAUGAUUGUGUAGUGUGUAAGUGAAAUCUUUGUCAUUUCCGAAGAGAGGACGUCCAUGAAAUAAAGAAAAAAAAACGAGACCGGUAUGAUGUGUUCGUUUGCUAAUGCGUUCUACUGUCACUUCGACAAACAAAAAGCAUCGAAUGAAGCAAAUUAAUAUCACUUCUAUUGAGAUAUUUUAUUUAAGACUUGUAAUCACCUAGGUUAGUACUUAUUAUACACGAAGUAAGUUCCUUUAGAGAUGGGAGAUAAACUAGUGUUGCAUUAUGGAUAAAUUUGUAGUUGAAACACGAACUUAGUUACAAUGUGGCACACAAAAAAAAACGUCCCUGCAUUUCAAAACCAAAAUGAAACUGUUGUAUGAUAUAAAUUUAGCAGAUGAAAAUAAAAUGUUUGUUUGAAACUUA